UUAGGCAUAUAUAAAAGUCAAUAAUGUAAUAUAGUCUAUUCUUCUUCUACUUCUUCCUUUUCAUUUUAUAUGUUGUAAUAAUAUACUUGCAAGAAAGGGCUUUAAUUAGGUAUGGAGUCAUGUGGAUCAGCUAUUGAAAGAAGAGGUCAUUUUGAUGUAUUAAAAGAGCAACAAGGUCAAGAGGAACUAGAGCUAAGGUUAGGGUUAGGAUUAGGGUUAGGGUUAGGAUCGGGUGAUGAUGAUGAUAUGAAAAUGGUGGUUAGAAAUAAUCAUUUGGGAUCUUCGUCUUCGUCUUCAUCUUCAUCUGCACUUGUUGUAUGCACUAAUACCUCAAUUCCACAUUAUUCCCCACCAGGAAUUUGGUUCUCUUUACGUUCCUCAGUUAAUCGGAAAGGAGAAUUUCUACCUCAGCUUCCAAAAACGUUUAUAAGAGUCAAAGACGAGAAGGUGACAGUCUUCAUGCUUAAAACCUACCUGGUUACAAAGCUUGGUCUCUCCAACCAAGCUGAGGUUGAGAUUUCAUGUAUGGGGCAAAAUUUGAUGCAUACUCUAACCUUGAAGCAUGUACGUGAUGCUAUUUGGUUGCCAGGAUUAGUAGAAUUCUUGAAGUCAAACACAGAAUUCAUUAAAAGUUCACAAGGAGCUAGUCUCAACUAUCUCAUGUCCUUAGACUAUGGCAAGACUUGCCUAUGAAUUAUAUUAUAGCUUAGAAUUUUAGUUAAGUUCAGAAAUUUGUAUCUUUGAAUCAUAUAAUUUUCCAUGAAUGUACUAAUAUUAGCAAGUAAA